AUUGCACAUCCCGCAUGGAGUCGGAUCAAGAAAUUCAACUGGAAGAAGUACGAACAGAAAAAGGUCGCAAAAACGCCUCGGCCCAAAAUCCGGUCAAAAUGGCCAGAUUGGCCCUCGACUUCCUCUUCUUUCGGAGGUUCUGGCGUCUUCUUAAAAUCCUGUUUCCAUGUCAUCGUCGAUCGAUAACCGCGUGGCUCGCCGGAGCACUGCUCAUCGCAACUGCUCUCGAUCAAGUAAUGACGUAUUUAGUUGGAAUCCAGCCAAGUCUGUUCUACGUGGCACUGGGAAACAAGGAUGCUGACACGUUUAAAAUUCUGUGUGCACGGGGAGCCGCGAUUAUUCUUGGAAAAGCUUUUACAUUAGCAGUAUUCAAAUAUCUUACAAAUAUGUUAGCGAUCAAAAGUCGUCAAGUAUGUAAUCUCACGAUGCAUAGGUUAUAUUUCAAGAGACAAGCUUUCUUCAAGCUAUCUUCUUCUGGGGAUAUGCUUGAUAAUCCAGAUCAACGUCUAACCCAAGAUAUUGAAAAAGCCACUCGAAUCCUUUCCAAUGAUCUUCUAGCUCCAAUUGCUACAGCUCCAUUCAUAAUUGGAUAUUACACAUGGCUAACUUAUGAAAGUUCCGGUUGGAUUGGUCCCGCAGCGAUCUACACCUAUUUCUGUAUCCAAACAAUUAUCAACAAGAUGAUUUUGUCUCCGAUUGUUCAAAAAGUAUCAGAACAGGAGAAAAUGGAAGGAGAUUUCCGACAAAGACAUAUGGAAGUUCGUUCGAAUGUCGAAGCAAUCGCCUUCUAUCGUGCUGGUGUUCUGGAGAAUAUUAUGACGAAUCAAAAAUUAAAAAAUUUAAUUGAAACUCAAAAAUCGCUAACUGAAUGGAGAAUGGUUCUAAACAGUAUCACGAAUGUUUUCGAUUAUUUCGGUGGAAUUCUUUCGUAUCUUAUCAUUGGUGUUCCCGUGUUCAUCACUCAUCUCUAUGACGACGUUUCACCUGCAGAAUUGAAUGGAAUUGUUUCACGGAAUGCAUUCUUCUACCUGUACCUCAUCUACAGCUUCUCGACGGUGUUAAAACUCACUGGAGAUUUUGGAGAACUUGCUGGAGUCACUCAUCGUGUUAUGGAACUUCACGAAGAGCUGAAUCGUCUUCACUCGGAUUGCCUUGAAACUGAUCGUCCUCCAUCUACAGUACCAUCUUCAGUUGUCGUUAUUGCUUCUGAUGAAGAUGAUAAAUCAGCGUCCCGACACAUGCAAGAGAUUCAUGGAAAACAAAUGUCUCUGGAACGAGAUGAGCAGGAAGAGGAAGAAGCACAAUAUCUACUCGGAGGAAAAACUGGUCAAGAGGAUGAUUGGCCGGAUGAUGGUGUCGCGAUUACUGUAGAUUCGGCUACACUUUCACCGCCCAAUGACCAUAGUCAUUUGAUAGUUCAGUUGCUCUCGUUGCAAAUAAUCCAAGGUCAAACUCUUCUGAUAACUGGAGACAGUGGAUGUGGAAAAUCGUCACUUCUUCGAAUGUUUGCUGGCCUUUGGCAUUGUUCGUCAGGAAAAAUGGAUUGUCAUUGGCGUCGACUCACUUCAAAUCUGUUCUUCCUGGCUCAAAAACCAUAUUUCCCAUCUGGAAACACCACUCUGCGACAACAAAUCGUAUAUCCAGUCAAAGCAUUGCAAGUUGAUAAGGAUGUUGCAAGAAUCACUCAAAUUUUGGAAUGGGUGAAGAUGGAGCAUCUAGUCGAACGAUGUGGUGGUCUUGAUACUCCAGUUGAAUGGGAUUGGAUGAAGACACUAUCUCCUGGAGAACUACAAAGAUUAUCACUGGCUCGAGUGUUUUAUACGAAGCCACGGAUAGUUUUCCUUGAUGAAUCCACGUCAGCAAUUGGAUUCGAGCUGGAAAUGGCAAUUUAUAGGAAAUUGCAAGAAGAGAAGAUCACAUUUGUGUCAAUUGGUCAUCGGUAUUCGCUGAAACAAUUCCAUGAUAUGGAACUUAGAGUCAAGGGUCGCAGUGGAGAAUGGUCCCUUCACGACAUUGACACAGCCUCGAUAGCUAGUCGAACUGCCAGUUUCCUUGGUGCCGAUACAGUUCUUUCCAUGUAAUCACGUUCCCCCUCCCAUUCCUUUACUUUUCCCAAUAGAAUAUUCCAAAUUUUCCCUGCCAAGUACCCUUACAUGCUUUUGGACAUCCCCUUUUUACUACUUCAGGUAUGAUUGUUUUAAGAUCCUCAUGAGCUUUACCCCCAUAUGCCCCGAAAUCUUCUUGUUUCAUGGAUAUCCGCCUUUUAAAUUUUCUUAUCAAAUUUUUCUUGCUCUCUGCAUUUUUUGCUCUGAAAAUUCGAGAUUGCUGUAUUUGUUCUGUGAAUAUCCUUUUGUUUUCUUUCCUAUCCUCAACUUUAAAAUAUCGCUUUAUGCUGCUUCAUACUGGAGAUUUUUCGUGUUCAUCCCCCUUUUUUACUUACAUCGAAUUCUUUCCCUUCUUCGCUCCUUCUCCUCCUUUUUACGAUUUUAUAUACUGGUAUCUUUUUCAUAUUUCCGUUUAAUUGCCAAUUACCCACAAAUUGCUGUUAUUAUAUGUUUGUCAUUUUUUGAGUUUCAAAGAGUGAUGAGCAUGUGAUUUGAUUAUUAUGCUGCCUUUGAAGCUUUCAAGAAAUUGGAUAUUAAAACAAUUGUUAUCU